UUCUAAUAUAAUUUAUUUUAUUUAAACGAUCCAUGUAUGUGUAUAUGUAUGUGAACCCUAUAUAAAGGAGCACACACAUUUUGCAAAUUAAAGCAUACAAGAUGGCAAAAAUUUCAGCAAUAGUGGUGUUUUUGGUUGUUGUUUGCCUUGUGUACUUUACAGGCAAGAAAGGGCAGAUGGUGGUGGGUGUAAAAGUGUGCAAAUUCAGUUAUCCCCCUAGUGAAGGUUCUUGCAAGGUUAAGGGAAUUCAAGUGUGCACGUAUUGCCUGGUGCCUACUAUGACAAACGUAAAAUGUAACAAUCAGUUGUGUGCGUGCGAAUUUACAGUUCCCAUAGGAACUGAAUGCGGAAAAGAUUGCACAUAUAGUUAUCGACCCAAAAAUGCUUGCAAUGUUGGGCGGGGAAUAACAGUGUGCAAGCAUUGCUAUAAAAAACAUCCUACUACAACUAAUGUAACAUGUAACCAAGCAAGAUGUCUGUGCCACUAUCAAGUUCACACAAAUGAUAAGUGCUCCACAUGGUAGCUGCAAAGACAUGUAUGUACACGACAUACAUCAAUGAAAAAUAUUGAGAAAAUAAAUAAAGCUUUAAUAAGCUGCUAUAAAUUACGUUUCCAAUAUGUGCCCGUCAGCUAUAUAUUAUUAUGUUAUUUUAUUCUCA